CAUGUGGCCGCCGCUGCCGCGGGGCUCGGCGGGGGCAGAGGGCGGCGGCUCCCGGGGCAGCGCGUAGCGGGACCGAUUGCCCAAUACUCCGGCAGGGGCCGGGGCCGGGCCCCCGGAUAAAUAGCCGCCCGGCAAGCCCGGAGCUGCAGGGGAGAGCAGCGGCAGCGGUCUUACCUCCGACCACGUUCCCGGGGCACUGCGCCCUGUGCUGCGCCCCGGAGACCCUGCCGAGGCUGGUACUCAGGACCUCCAAAGGAACACUUGCUGAUCUCACAUUACGAUGGAAUAUAAAAAGUCCCCUGAUGGAGGCUGGGGCUGGGUAAUUGUGUUUGUCUCCUUCUGUACUCAGUUUUUGUGCUAUGGAUCUCCGUUAGCUGUUGGCGUCUUAUACGUAGAAUGGCUGGACGCCUUUGGUGAAGGGAAAGGAAAAACAGCCUGGGUCGGAUCCCUUGCAAGUGGAGUUGGCUUGCUUGCAAGUCCUGUCUGCAGCCUAUGUGUCUCAUCUUUUGGAGCAAGAGCCGUGACAAUCUUCAGUGGCUUCAUGGUAGCAGGAGGCCUCAUGUUGAGCAGUUUUGCCCCCAAUAUCUACUUUCUGUUUUUUUCCUACGGCAUUGUUGUAGGUCUUGGAUGUGGUUUAUUAUACACUGCAACAGUGACCAUUACAUGCCAGUAUUUCGACAGCCGCCGUGGCCUUGCACUUGGCCUGAUUUCAACAGGUUCAAGUGUUGGACUUUUUAUAUAUGCUGCUCUGCAGAGGCUGCUGAUUGAUUUAUAUGGACUGGAUGGAUGCCUGCUGAUUGUGGGUGCUUUAGCUUUAAACAUACUAGCCUGUGGCAGUCUGAUGAGACCCCUCCAGUCCUCUGAUUGCCCUUUGCCUGAAAAAACAGCUCUGGAAAAUAUACCAGAUAGAUACUCAAUUUAUAAUGAAAAAGAAAAGAACCUGGAAGAAAACAUAAACAUUCUUGAAAAGAGCUACAGUGGUGAGGAAACAUGUAAGAGCACUUUAGCCAAUGGUGACUGGAAAUCAGACAGUCUCCUUCAUCAAAACCCAACAACAGCAGCACAAACAAAAGAAACUGAAACGUACAAAAAGAAAGUAGCAGAACGGACAUAUUUUUGCAAACAGCUUGCCAAGAGGAAAUGGCAGCUAUAUAAAAACUACUGUGGAGAAACUGUGGCUCUUUUUAAAAACAAAGUAUUUUCAGCCCUCUUCAUUGCCAUCUUUCUUUUCGACAUUGGAGGGUUUCCGCCUUCAUUACUCAUGGAAGAUGUAGCAAGAAGUUCAAAUGUGAAAGAAGAAGAGUUUCUGAUGCCUCUUAUUUCCAUUAUCGGCAUCAUGACAGCAGUUGGUAAACUCCUUUUAGGAAUACUGGCUGACUUCAAGUGGAUUAAUACCUUAUAUCUUUACGUAGCUACCUUAAUAAUCAUGAGCCUAGCCUUGUGUGCAAUUCCAUUUGCCAAAAGUUACGUCACAUUGGCAUUACUUUCUGGGAUCCUAGGGUUUCUUACUGGUAAUUGGUCCAUCUUUCCGUAUGUGACCACGAAGACUGUGGGAAUUGAAAAAUUAGCUCACGCCUAUGGGAUAUUAAUGUUCUUUGCUGGACUUGGAAAUAGCCUUGGACCACCAAUUGUUGGUUGGUUUUAUGACUGGACCCAGACCUAUGACAUUGCAUUUUAUUUUAGUGGCUUCUGCGUCCUGCUGGGAGGUCUUAUUUUGCUGCUGGCAGCCUUGCCUUCCUGUGAUACAUGCAAGAAGCAACUCCCCAAGCCCGCUCCCACAACCUUUUUGUACAAAGUUGCCUCUAAUUCCUCUAAUGUUUAGAGGAAUAUUGGAAGGCACUCAAGACUGUUUUUUCAUAGCAAAAUUUCACUGUGGCUGAUUUGAAUGAACUUUUCUUUUUAUAUAUCCUAUUUUCUAUGUACUGUAUAUGUAGCCUCUAUCUCCUGUAUUAUUUUUUUCUCUUUUUCCAAAAAGUGGGACUAUUCUGUUUUGCUAUUAUUAUUCAUGAGUUCUUGACAUUGUGAAAAUUUUGGCCAGCCUCAGAAGUCUUUCUCUGUGUAAAGAAGUGUAAUUUCUCUGCAGGCUCCAUUUAGUUCCAUUUAGGGUAGCCAGAGGGGACUCUUUUUUUUAUUUUAAUCUUUUUAAUAUUAUGGCUGCACCCACAGCAGAUAGAAGUUCCUGGGCCAGGGACUGAAUCUGAGCUGUGGGCGCAGCAAUUCCAGAUCCUUAACCCACUGCACUGCGUUGAGGAUCAAACCAGUGCCUCAAAGCUACCCGAGCCACCGCUGUCAGAUUCUUAAUCCGAUGCACCACAGCGGCAACUCCAACACUUUUCUCUUUUAAACCUGUGUGAAGGCUGCUGGGGACUAAAUCAUUCUCUUCUCUCUGUUAGGCUAGUUAGUAAAUAGAAGACUUUGAGCCAGUCAGGAAAUGAAAGUGGUUGCUAAAAUAGCAUUAAGGGUUGCAGUGGAACCAACGGAUUUUUUUUUUUUUUUUUUUUUUUUUGGCUAUGCCUGUGGCACAUGGAAGUUCCUUAGACCAGGGAUCAAACCUACACCACAGCAGUGACCCAAGCUGCUGCAGUGACAACUCUGGAUUCUUAACCCUCUGUGCCCCAAAGGAGUUCCACAAACCAAUCAUUUUUAAAAAAUAAUAUUAUAAUGACAGUCACCAGUUUUCAUGAUUGUGUUUCCCUUGAUGAAGCACCCACAUGUUUGGUACCUGCUACGCAUACAUCCUUUCAAUUCCCAAGGUGUUGCCUGAGAUGCAGGCAGUGUCCAAAUGGAGGAGGAGUCCCUGUAGCUUUUUUUCAUGGUUGGCUGCUGUAACCUUGCUCACUUUUGUUUCCUAGCAUCGACUUAGCUGAUGUUUCCCAAGAAGUGCUGAUUUUACCUGUUUCCAAAUUGGAAAUGCAUAUUUAAACCAUUCCAUUCUGGCAAAUGGGAAACAGCCAUUUGCUUCAGGCACAGUGGGAAUGAAUUGCAAGUCCUUGCAUGUUUCUCAGUGAAGCGUUUCUUUCCUACUAUCAGAUUUUACCACCAUCAAGUUUUAAUUCAAGGGCAGAACUAAAAAGUGUGUGUGUGUGUGUGUGCGCGUGUGUGCGCGCGCGCGCGUGCAUGUGUGUUAUGCUCUGAGUCCGUGUGCAACAUGGAAAGGGAAAAAGGCAAUAAAUUGAUACCCUCAUCGAGGAAGAAAAUCAACAUUUAAUGAAUUGACAUUUUUCUAAAGAAAUGGUUUUUUUAGCUUUGGUAUGCACCAGAAUCUUCUAUAGAUCCUUUUAAAAAGGUAGUUGCUUGAGUACCACUAGUAGAGAUUUUUAAUUAUGUAGGUCUAGGCUGUGGUCUAAGCUUAUAUAGGCUGCAGUGUGCCAUUGAACCCAGGCCACACCUAUGAAAGUGCCAAAGUGCCAAGUCCUAAUCACCAGACUAUCAGGGAAUUGACUAAGCAUAUAUAUAUACAAACACAUAUAUAUGUAUAUAUGCAUAUAUAUAUGUAUAUGUUUGUAUAUAUACGUGUGUGUGUGCACACGCGUGUGUGUGUGUGUGUGUGUGUGUGUAUUGUUGUUGUUGCUGUACCUGUGGCAUAUGAAAUUUCCUGGGCCAGAGACCGACCUACACCACAGCCGCGGCAACGCCUGUUCCUUAGCCUGCUGUGCCAGGCCAGGAAUCAAACCUGCCCCUCAGCAGUGGCCUGAGCCACCUCAGAGACAAUGCUGGAUCCUUUACUCGCAGUGACACAGUGGGAACUCCCUAAGCAUCUAUAUUUUUAAUGAACUCUUCAAAUCUGAUAGCACAGCCUGAGUUGAGAACGACUCAUAAUAUUGGCUAUAGAGAAACAUUUUUUCCUCUUAAAAAAUAAAAAACACAAUAACCCUUUGAGAUGAGGGUUGUUUUUUUUUGUUUGUUUUUUUUAUAAAUAGCCAAGUUUGGUUCUUUAAAUAGGAGGCACUUUUCCCAUUGUGCCAAAAUUGUCUUUUCAUUUCUUACGAAAUAUGUAAGGUUAUUUUAUAUUUCUAUGUUGCCUUUCUUCAAAGGCGCCUGAAGCACUUUAUAAACACGAAUCCCCACAACACCUCAGUGAAGUAGGUAAAUAGUGCUUUUCUAUGCAGUAACCCUGGAGUAUGGGGAACUUCAUAGCUGAGUGAAUCCUACUCAAUCACGCAAUAAUGGGGCUCCAAAGCGCCUUGAACUUCUGCUCCAUACUCUGCUCCAAAACUUCUGAAAAGUUUUCUGUACCUCAUUCUUUGGUCACUGUCAAGGAUAGUAAGUAAAAUAACAUUCAAAAGAAAUUAAACUAGGCGUUUUUGUGUCAAAGUUUCCCUUUUUGCCAGUAUCAUGCUCUGGAAAUCCAGUAGUGUUUUCUUAACUCUUAAGGACAUCCCCUGUCCAUCAAUGUUGGUAAUUGUCCAGGUGCGUCUUCACUGUGUUUACUAAUGUCGUCCAGUGUGUGCAUUAUCCAUUGUCUAGGAAUGAAUUUUAAGUUACAAUAAAAUAUUUUUUCUUUGUUUUGCA